AUGACAAUUCUAGGGUUGAGUGCUCAACAGGUCCUCACCAUCUGUUACUUUGUCAUAGCUCAACUCCAAACGAUUCAAGGCCAACAACUACCUUCCGUUUACGGCUAUCCCAUCAACUUCUGCGGUGAUAAAACCUCCCAGGUCCAGAGCGCGUUCCAAGACGCUCUGGAUUGGGUGGAAAGUAAAGUGAUAGACGACGUACAAAAAUCGCGGACUGCAACACAGCAGCGCGAUGCUUUUCUUACUUUCUUCAAAGGUACAAGCCUCUCGCAACAAGUCGGCAACGUCUUCGGUCGAAUGCUCGAAGUGCAAGAUAACGACAACGUAAAUUCGGAUACGUUUCGAAUUUACUGUCUUCGCUAUGACAGUCCAGGCGAUCAGCUGAAGGAUACGUAUCGACAUCUUUGCGAGCUCAAUUCCAAUACGCCGGCAGCACACGUCCAUGGACCUCACACGUUCAAUAUUCUGUUGUGUCCAAAUUUUUUCCAAUUUCCACGUUUUCCGCGGCUCAGGGGAGACUGUCCAACAAUUCAAGGUAACAAAUUGUAUCCAAAUGAUAUAGUUUUGGCAAAGAACCAGCUCGCUAUCAUUGUUCACGAAUUGGCCCACGCUCACGGCAUCAAUCCUUCGCCUGGGGAGAGGGAGAAUUACUUCAUCCAAGACACAGCAGACUUGCACCCAGAUGAUCAGAUCAGGAAUGCUCAGAACUUUGCAUACUAUGCCACUGCUCUCAAGGCAGGGUGUAUCUAUUGGCCCCAGGUAGAUCCGAACGAUCAUACGGAUCUGCGCAGGCUUCUCGACGCAGGUGUUUUAGAUUACAAUAUCGACGAGACAGACGAGGACGGAGAACAAGCCGAGAAUGCGGUAGCAGGAUCAUUGGACGUUUUUGACAUUAAUACCAUCAUUCCUGGAGGUGGUGAUCUACCGGCUGACACGCCGACGUAG